AUGUUCACUGCAGCCACCAAGAACUUUGUGAAGCAGGUUGGAGACACAGGACGGCUGAUCCCGGUUCCAAGCCUCAGUGAAGCAGACCGGUACCAGCCGCUCAGCCUGGUCACCAGACGGAGGAAGAGACACUUGUUGAGGAAGAAGAAGUAUUCCUCCACACCUUUCUCACUGAAGGACAUCUUGGUGGGGGAGAAGGAAAUCACUGCUGGCGUGUCUUCCUAUCAACUCCUGAACUACGAGGACAAGUCCGAUGUGGCACUCAACGGUAAAUUAGGGAAUCACCUCAUUAAUGAUGUGGGAUUCAACAUCAGUGGCUCCGACUCGGUGGCCGUUAAAGCCUCCUUUGGCAUCGUGACCAAACACGAGGUGGAGGUGCCCACCCUGCUGAGGGAGCUCAACUCCAGAAAGGUGGACCUGGAUCACUGUCUGAUCCGCCAGUCCAGAGAGAGCGGCCGCAGCGUUCUCUGUGUAGUCAUGGAGAGUAUCCGAACCACUCGCCAAUGUUCCCUGACCGUCCACGCUGGGAUGAGAGGAACAACCAUGAGGUUUCAGAUUGAUGAUGGUCGGCUCCCUAAAGGUCGUGAUAAGGCCAUCAUCAUCCCGGCUCACACCACCAUCGCCUUCAGCAUCUGUGAGCUGUUUGUAUGUCUGGACGGACGCCUUGAUAUCUGCGUGGCCCCGGAGUCAUCGGGGGGGUUUGAGAGAGAGCAGAUCAGAGAACAGCUGGGUGGUUUCAUCGGUCGGUUCUCUAUGGGCCGACUUCGCAGGUUCCUGUCUGGAAUCAUCUACGGAAACCCCUUCAGAGCAGACGACAGAACAUUUGAGGAGCUCACCCACUCCGACAGCUACAUGGAUGACGUGGUAACCGACUACUACGAGAAGGCCGCCAGCAUGACUGACCUGUCCUCCACCUACCUGAGGGAGGGUUCGCACACACGUGUCAACCUGCUCAACCACAACAUCACCAAGGGGCCAUGUGCGCUAUGUGGCAUGGGCAGCCAGCGGCGGGAGACCGUCUACGGCUGUCUGGAGUGCACCGCUGCCGGGCACAAGUACGUCAGGCUGCACGUGGUGCCUUGCUUUGACCUGUGGCACAAAACGCUGCGGUGA